CUACAACUCCAAAAUUCAUAGAUUCCACUGCGCCCACGUGAUCACGCCCUAUGUCGUUUACAUUGGGUUUAGACGAAUGAUUAGAGUGUAGUAAGCCUUCGAUAUAAAACAGAGAACUCUCUGAACGGAAUUGUUCCGUUCGUAAAUCAUCCGAGGCGGCGAAAUGGCGUCAGCUCUGGUUGCGAUAACGGGAGCUAACGGAACAAUUGGAUAUCAUUCUGUGUUGCACGCACUUCGAAGUGGAUAUCGUGUCCGGUGCGUCGUGCGGCGGGAAGAAGCCGUCGAACAGAUUAAGAGGGGGCCUUCGAUUCGAAAAUUCGAAGACAGCAUUGAAUAUAGCAUAGUACCUGACAACACCGCUCCGGGCGCAUAUGAUGAUGCGUUUUCUGGGGCGAAAUAUGUUGUUCAUAUUGCAGGUGUAUGGCCGAAGCCGAACUACCACCCCGACAACGAGAUAUGGCACCCCUUCGUCCAAUCCCUAGAAAACGUCUUAUCAUCAGCAAAGAAAUCCGGGACCGUCGCAAGGAUCGUCGUAACCCAAGCAGGCGCCGGCCUCGUGAAUCCAUCCUCCCCCUCAACACCAGGAACAUCCUUCACCAAACUCCUGAACGAGCACGUGCAGAUCAAUACGACGACAGCCGCUUUCCGCCCCCCUCUCGCAUCACCGCACCACGCGUACUCCGGCGCAAAGGCAUACUGCAUGCAGUACCUCCAGUCGCUCCGGAAGGAUCCCGACCUGCCGUUCUCUAUCGUGCAAGUCAUCCCUGGGACCGUCAUCGGGCCGUCCGAGCUCAUCACCUCGUCUGCAGACGCGUAUGCUCAGAUGGACCGCAUGUCGAGGGCGUUGUUGUUCAGCGACCAGACGCCGAGAUAUGCGUUCGGGUUCGUUUCGGUGCUGGAUUGUGCUCGCGUGCAUGUCGAAGCGCUUUCGGCGAGCAAUGUGCCGGAUUAUGGGAUCCCGGAUUACUUCGUGGCUGCGGCUACGACGCCUGCUGGGAAGACGGCCGAGGAGAUCUGGACAGAGGUUGCCGACGUAAUAGCGGAGAGGUAUCCGAAGGAGGUUGCAGAUGGGGUGUUCACAAUUGGGAGGGAUAGGGUGCCGAGUGAGAUGCCGUAUAGAGUUGAUUCGACCGAAACUGCGAGGCUUUUGCUUGGAGGGAGGCCUAUACAGGGGCUUCUUGAGUCAGUGUUGGAAGUCACCGAAUGGUUUGUAAAGCUUAGAUCGGAGAUGGGAGCAUAACAUGUACAGAUAACAUAAACAGAAGUUUGUGUACGCUGUCAGGCGCAUGAAACGUUUCGGUGCAUCGAUAACCAUUGAAAAAUGUUUUAUGGCUUCACAGAAUAAAUUUCUUAUUCAUUUCUACCACCAUGAGU